GGACUGUGAUUUGGGGGAAAGUCCAGCAGAGGGCGCGGCUGAACAGGAAAUUAAAUCCGCACUGUUUUUUUUUUGUUUUCAAACGUGACCAAAGUUCCCUGUUCAGGCUUUAAAUUUUUUUAAGAACCGCUGAUAAUGGCUCACCACAGCAGUGCCAUUGGAAAUGAUUUCUCUGACAGCAGCGUUCACGCGGAUGUCAAGGAUUAUUAUGGAAAGAGGCUCCAGAAGAAGUCGGACCUGAAGACAGGCGCCUGCGUGGCUCCAGCUCAGCCUCUCCCAGCCUUCAUACGGGAAGCCCUGAAGAAAGUUCACCCUGAAGUCUCUAACAAAUACUACGGGUGUGGUCUGGUGGUGCCGGAGUCCUUGGAGGGCUGCAGGAUUCUGGACCUGGGCUGUGGGAGUGGAAGGGACUGCUACAUGUUAAGUUUGCUAGUCGGGGAAAAAGGUCAUGUCACUGGCAUUGACAUGACUGAGGCCCAGCUUGAAGUGGCCAGAAAAUAUGUGGAUUACCACAUGAAGGAGUUCGGCUACAAGAAGCCAAACGUGACUUUUGUUCAGGGCUACAUUGAGGCCUUAUCUGCGGCAGGUCUGGGAAAAAACUCGUUUGACAUCAUCAUCUCCAACUGCGUAGUGAACCUCUCCCCAGACAAGAAGCAGGUUCUGGUUGAAGCAUACAGUGCACUCAAGGAUGGGGGUGAGCUGUACUUCAGUGACAUCUACUCCAGUGGAAGACUGACGGAGGAAAUUAAAAAUCACAAAGUGCUGUGGGGUGAAUGUCUGGGUGGAGCGCUGUGGUGGAAGGAUCUGCUGCAGCUGGCUGAGGAGGUGGGCUUCAGUCAGCCACGGCUGCUAACGGCCACCGUCGUCGCCGUUGACAAUAAAGAACUGCAGGAUGUACUAGGUGACUUCAAGUUUGUUUCUGCCACGUACCGCCUGUUCAAAGUCCCUAAAGGCAAAACCAAGACGUGCCAGGUCAUAUAUAAUGGAGGCAUCACUGGGGCCGAGGAUAUCUUCCAGUUUGACUGUCAUUACGUCUUUAAGACGAAUGAAGUGGUGCAGGUGGACGGAGAAGCAGCUUGCAUCCUGACGCAUUCCAGAUUUGCUGAAGACUUCACUUUCCAGCCACCAGGGGGCUCCUGUGAGCCUUGUUGUGCCAACCCUGAGGCUGACCCGGUGGAUCCUUUUGACCUGGCCUCUCGGUCGGGCACUCGAGGGGGAUGCUGCAGCACGAAAUCUGCUGACUGCUGCAAAUGAUCAUAGGACGAGCACUGAGAAAUGCAGCAGCAUGCUAUAUGCUGUGUGAUUGUCCUUUUUCAGUAAGACUAGAUUCAGACACUUCAGAUGAAUAAUGUAGUAAAAUUUCAAUCUUUCCCUGUUCCAAAUGUGCCUCUAGACAGUUUUUCUCAGAGAAGAGAGAUGGCUGUGAAAUGUCACCUAUGGAUUUCUGUGUUUUUGUGGCUUUCCUGAAAUCACUUUUUCAAUUAAGGAUAGUGGAAGAAUCAGAAGAAAUGUGACUAAAGAUGACCACAAACAAACUUGCUAUCCUUCACAGAGCACCAGUGAAGGGCACGCAUCGGCAGUUAUUUUUAAUCAACAGGCUCUAAUACCAUAAUAUCCUUACUUAACCUUCAUAAAGUGAAGCUCUAGUUUCUGCAACCACUCAGGUUCUGAGGUGAUUUACAGAACUGUACUUGUUGGUGUUUCCCUGAAACAUGUACUCUUUGUGUAGGUGAAGAAAUAUUGUGUGUCUUCAUGAUAUCUUGUCUUUAUUUGUGAACAUUUGGUAUUUUUAGGGGUUUUUAAAACUACUUGUGUGGUGUUUAUGAACAAAAUUCCACAGAUAAUUAUUUUUUAAUGCAUGUUUUAGUUUUUUACUGGGCUUUAAUGAAUUACUAAAAUCCUCAAACCGUUUCACUUUUCAGUGAAGAAAUUACAUUUUAACUGAAAUACUAAAGUUUCAAGUAUUUUUACAGAAAAAAUACAGUGAAACCACCAUAUACAUAGCUAAACGUCAGCUUUAAUUUGAUGAAAACUGAAUCCUGUAAGUUGCCCUCUCAUACAAGUUAUAUUUUUCAUACGCAAGUGGCAGACCCACCAACAUCUUUUAUCUGUAAUGACAGUACAAGUGUAGUUUUGUGUAUUUUGUCUUCAGGUCCUUCUGGCUGCAGCUGAACAUUUUUCCUCUUUAGUCAAAAGACUCCUACUCUUAAGUGUUUUUGGUAAAGUUUGUGUCCACAAAGGUCACAAAUGGUUACAGUCAUUUACCUUCUUUUGCCGUUUCUCUUGUGUUGGCUUUGACCUCAUUUAUUAAGGAAGGUUGUGCCUAAAGUUACAGCACACCAUGAAAUUAAAUUUCACUUCAGAUUUAGACCAUUCUAAAACCUUAAAUUACUGUUUUCCAUUUUAUAAUAGUAGAUAUUAUUUAGGCACUGACUUGACUGUGUGAGUUAGGUCAUAUCCUGCUGCGUAACCCACGUUCACUUGAGUUCAAAGGUGAGAACAGAUGAAUGGACUUUGUCCUCUGGGAAGAGAGCAGAAUUCAUGACCCCAAUAAUUACAGCACUUAGCUCCAGACCGUCACUCUGUAGUUAUAAUAUUUUUUUCCUGAAAUGAUGUUUUGGUUUUACCAGUCCCACAUCUUCUACAAAGUUCCAUUUGUAUACAGAAUAUUUUCCUGAAAGUCUUAAGUAGUUUUUUUUUUUUGUUUCCUAUUGGAAAUGUGAAAUUAAUCUGUGGGCUCUUUUUGGUCAGCAUCAGUGUUGGAUGUUUCCCCUGGAUACCAUUUUCGCCUAGUCUCUUACUGUGGCUGCAGAUGCUUUUCAAGGCAUCUCUUAAGGCAACACCAAAACCUGUCAAGUUAUUUCAGUGAUUUCCCGAUUGCAGGGCCAGAGGACCGCUUACGAAUUGACCAUCAUUACACUUUUAAGGUUUGUAUAUCCUGUAUCUUGUUUGAUAAAGAAACAAGAUGCAUGUACUGUGUCUUCACGAUCUUAAAUAUGUCCAGACUCAGUAGACCAGUGAAGGUGGAUAGAGAACGCAUCUUGACCCAUUCCAGAAUUGCAGAAAACUUCAGCUUCCUGCCACCGGGUGGCUCCUGUGAGUCUUGUGUCCAACCUAAGGUCAGUGUCAUAUUUAAAUUCCUGCAUGAGGAAUUCUCCGAUUUAUUUGUUUGUUUCGAACCACUGGAGGUCGGUAUGUGUCUGGGAUCAAUCCGAAGUGUGUGACACACCCAGGGAGCACUGAUGUGCACACAGUCACAACUACACGUGUGAUGUGUGCACCGGGACGCACGCUGCACUCACUCCCACUCGCAUACCCACUGAAACAUGCGUACGCACACAUCCACACGCAAGAAGGUCAAGCAGCUGUCUCGGAGUCAUAACCAGAGUGUGGAGUCAUGCCGGGGAACCUUGAACAGGAAGGAAUGUUCUCUUCUCAGCCAGUGGAAUGCCAUCUUAUCAGCUCCCAUAGUCAUUUGGCGCACAUACACAUACUUAUUUAUUACGUAAAAUGAGUCCUUAAGAGUCAUCCAUCAAUAAUAAAUGAGUGUUAAAUUCCAAGAGUCACUGAUGUUUGAUUGCAUUGGAAACACGGUCACUGUCGAGGCUUAUAGAUGUAUCCUAAUGUGGUUUGCCCUCUGGACGCCCCCGAACUCCUGAGGUGAACAUGACCCCGGGUGAUGAGGGAUCGUUUGCUGUGUUUGAGUGGUGUGAAAGUGGUGAUUUCCUAAACAUCCACGGUGCUACUUAGCCGUGCAGCAAGACUGCAAAUGUGUGCCAAAUACAAUGAUAACGACAAGCUUGGUUAUCGUGAUUGAGACAUGGUUGUAUACAGUACAUUCUUGUGUGUAUAUGUCUGUACGCGUGUGGACGUUCUGCACUUCUGAUGUCUUUAUUGCUGUUGAAUUAUUGAUGCAGGCUGACAUGGUAAAUCCCUUAAAACUGGCCUUUCAGUCUGCCAGCCCAAGGCCUCAUUUCAGCCACAGGGGGAUGCUACAGCACAAAAUCUGCUGACUUCUGCAAAUGAUUGUGCAGAGGACUCGGGAAUACAGGCCCAGCAGCGUGCUGUGCAUGAGUGAUUUUCCAACUGAUGCAAUGAAACUGCAUUAACGCCUACUUAUGAAUGAUCGUCAUUUGUUUUGCUUGACACUACAGGAGGCCAAUAGAUUAGGCUUGCAUUUUUGCAUGUAUUUUGAACUGUGCAGAAAUAUAAACACUUGCUCUAUGACUGCGUUUAGGAUUUUUACUCGGUGCCUGAAAGAUGAUUGUGUUAUCGAAAAAACUCACCAAUAAGUGGCUCAUCCUUGGAUGAGUGUGUUGGUUAUGGCUCACCUUAAUCUCCUCAUUUACAUAAGGAUGGUCAUAAUGUUGAAACCCCAAACCAGAGGAAAAAAUGGAAGUGGAUGCAAAUGGGAACUACAAAAUAAUGUACCGACACUUUGUUCGCUCGUCUUAAUCCGUAGGCUUCAUGCCAUUCAUACAUGGACUUAGCUUGUUCUAAUGAGUGCUGUAAUAACUUUUACAAAAAGAUUUUAAUUGGCAAUUGUAAUGGAAUAUAAUAUUUAUCCCUAAUUGAGAAAUUCCCAGAAGCUAGGUUUAUGUAAGCAGCAAAAAAAGUUCUAUAAAUUUAUCAGAUUUCUUUUGAUUAUCAAAUACUUUAAAAGGACACUGAAAAAAGCAUCAGAAAAAAAGAUUAAAUGGGGCAAUGAAUUGGAUAAGUUGAACCUAAAAUACUCAAGUGAAAUGAGUUGUACUUGUUUGAACAACUUUAAAAUUGUGUACUGUAUACCGGUGUAUUUUCUUCUUGCGUUGUUCUGACACCUUGUCUGUGAAAACGUGCUAAAUAAACAACUUGUUCUUAAUUUAA